CCUUCGUCCCCACAGUCAUGACUACACUCCUUAGCUGGUCGUUGUUGGCCGUGUCGUUCGCGACGUCGGGUCUGUCCACCCCACUCUCCACCUCAUCCAACUAUGCCUCCUCGAGACGGCCCUCUUUCCAGCCAGCACCCCUUCAUGCGUUCGAGCACCCCCACGGGUCGGUGAACAACUCAUACAUUGUUGUCCUCCGCGACGAUGUCCCGGAGCAGCUCGUUCAGAACCACAUGAAUUUCCUCCAGCUUGCUCACGAGUCCAACUCGUUCCUGGGUAACAGCAACGCAGGCGGUAUCAAGCAUGUCUACGACGGCCUCCUCAAGGGAUACGCCGGCGAGUUCGCCGACGGUGUUAUCGACCAGGUCCGCAUGAUGCCCGAGGUUGACUACAUUGAGCUCGACCAGCUCGUCCACACCAUGGACAUUGACACGCAGAAGAUGGCGCCAUGGGGUCUUGCUCGCAUUAGCCACCGCCCCAGGCUUGGCUUCUCGACCUUCACCAGGUACGAGUAUGACAACGACGGCGGUGAGGGCGUCGAAGUCUACGUCAUCGACACCGGCAUCAACGUUGAGCACGUCGAGUUCGAGGGUCGUGCUUCUUGGGGCAAGACCAUCCCCACCAACGACGUUGAUGAGGAUGGCAACGGGCACGGCUCCCACUGUGCCGGAACCAUCGCCUCCGCUCGCUACGGUGUCGCUAAGAAGGCCAAUGUUACCGCUGUGAAGGUUCUCGGUUCCAACGGCUCGGGCUCCAUGUCGGACGUCCUAUCAGGUGUUCAGUGGGCUGCCAUCGACGCCCAGCAGAAGAAGGCUCAGGCUGAUGCCGAGCUUGCUGCUACUGGUCGCACUCGCCGCAAGGGUUCCGUCGCUAACAUGUCUCUCGGUGGUGGCAAAUCGCCUUCACUGGACACCGCUGUUGACCGUGCUGUCCAAUCUGGUCUUCACUUCGCUGUGGCUGCUGGCAACGACAACAAGGACGCUUGCAACUACUCUCCUGCCGCAUCGAAGGAGGCUGUCACCGUCGGUGCUUCCACCCUCGGUGAUGAGCGUGCUUAUUUCUCUAACUGGGGUAAAUGUGUUGACGUUUUCGCUCCUGGCUUGAACAUUCUGUCGACUUACACUGGUGGCCCCACCAAGACCGCCACUCUGUCUGGCACUUCCAUGGCUUCGCCUCACGUUGCUGGUCUCCUCGCGUACCUCCUCUCCAUCUACCCCUCGGAGACUUUCAGCCCCGAGAUCAAGAAGCUCGUCCCCGACGCCAUGGACUUCGAGCGCUCGUACACGUCCUUCUAUUCGCUUGCCCACGUCGCUCUCCCCGGCUGGAUGACGCAGUACCUGCCGUCGCCUCAGUUCCUUGAGGCCGUCGCCCCCAUCCCGGCACCCGCCAUCACCCCCGCUCAGCUGAAGGAGGCGCUCAUCGAGCUCUCGUCGCGGGGUCUGCUCACGGACCUGCCUUCGGACACGGUCAACCUGCUUGUGUUCAACAACGCGACGUCAACAUAAGCGCGCGAGGACUGCUUUCUUACCAUAAUUGCAUAUCGUACAGAUGUUUCUAUACCAGUCUGGUAUUAGUACAGCUCAUGUAACGACCUCUUAGUUUUAUACUGUCUUGCACGAUUUGCAUAUGCAGAUGUACCAUAGUUACGCAUCAAUAUUACGCAUUCAAGUUUACUC